GCCUUUGUUGCCAUUGGUGACUACAACGGCCACGUGGGCCUGGGGGUGAAGUGCUCCAAGGAGGUGGCCACAGCCAUCCGUGGGGCCAUCAUCCUGGCCAAGCUGUCUAUCGUCCCUGUCAGAAGGGGUUACUGGGGUAACAAAAUCGGCAAACCCCACACUGUGCCCUGCAAGGUGACUGGCCGCUGCGGCUCUGUCCUGGUGCGUCUCAUUCCAGCCCCCCGUGGUACCGGCAUCGUGUCUGCCCCAGUGCCCAAGAAGCUGCUCAUGAUGGCUGGAAUCGAUGAUUGCUACACCUCUGCCAGGGGCUGCACCGCCACCCUCGGCAACUUUGCCAAGGCCACGUUUGAUGCCAUCUCCAAGACUUACAGCUACCUGACCCCUGAUCUGUGGAAGGAGACAGUCUUCACAAAGUCUCCCUACCAGGAGUUCACUGACCAUCUGGCCAAGACUCACACCAGGGUGUCUGUGCAGAGGGGCCAGGCUGUGCAGGCUGCUGCCUCCUAAACAUUUUGUAUAGGGAAUCGUUGAAUAAACGUUCUGGAACACCA